CUCCAGACUGGUUAGAACCUUUCUUUAACAACUUCUUUCAUUGUCCUCGACCAGAUCACUCCCAUUCAUGUGCACCUACGUGAAUGCCGAUUGACAACAUCUUAACUCUUGGGACGGCUUGCAUUAUCGUACUUGAUACGAUACUAAUUACUUAUCUUCUAGUCGCCUUCACUACCCGAUAUCCCUUCCCAUCCUCAAUUAAAUCUCUGCUAAUGACCUUCGCUGCGACCUUUGCGACUCCCCCCACGACUCUCUUUACUCACACUACCUUGCGCGAUCAUCUAUAAUACCUCCGACAACUCAGCCAUCAACUCGACAUCCAUUUCCAUCUAGCGCACUUCCCACACUAUGGCUACCGACGAUUCGGGCGACGUGUUUGCCCAGCAGGGCGGCCCUCCCGCAUGGAGCGGCGCAGAUGGUUGGAAUGGUAUUGCUACUGACUCUGCUUCUGAGAAUCAAACAUCACAUACUGAGAAUAGCGAUCAACAAAAGCAAGAAUCUUCUGUUUCUAUUGAACAAGCUCCAUCUGCUGGUGAUGACUCCAAUGAUGAAGACGGUGGAGAAUAUGAUCCAGAAUCCGUUACUAUUCCUGUUGCACCGGCGCCUAUUGUAGAGCGUCCUGCUUCUGAUUCCCCGCGCCCUUCCAAGAAGCCCAAGACUGCAGGUGGUUUUAUUGUCAAUUCCUCUGACGAGGAGGAUGAUGAUGUCCCCGCCCCCGCCCCCAAUUAUCCCCCAGUUGCUCUGAAACCUGUUCCAUCGGAGGCGCAAGCCCAACCGUUCACUCACUCACCUAUACAACAGCUCCAGCAAACUUCUGUCUCGCAAGAUAUGGCUAACUAUGCUCCUGCUCAAGUGAGCAGUGAUCCUGCACCAAAGUCAUCUUCUAAUCCCGCAAGUGCUGCUGCUGCGACACGUUCAAGGUUACCUGCUGAUACCGUUGGUAUCCUCGAGGACCGUAUUACCGAAGAUCCCCGCGGAGACCUCGAGGCUUGGUUAGCUCUGAUUGAUGAGCAGAAGAAAAGACACAAGAUAGACGAGACGCGAUCUGUCUAUGAACGCUUUUUAACUGUGUUCCCACAAGCUGCGGAGAUUUGGGCCACAUACAUUGACAUGGAGCUUAGCCUUGACAACACCAAGGAAGCCGAGUCGAUUUUCACCCGAACCCUACGAGCGAUUCCUCAUGUUCAACUUUGGACAACGUACCUCAACUACAUUCGCCGCAGAAAUGACCUGAACGACCCCACUGGUCGAGCACGACAAACCGUCAGCCAAUCCUAUGAAUUCGUUCUCAGCUCCAUUGGCCAAGACCGAGACGCAGGAAACAUCUGGCAAGAUUAUAUACAGUUUCUCAAGGCUGGCCCUGGCCAGAUUGGCGGUGCUGGUUGGCAAGACCAACAGAAGAUGGAUCUUCUUCGAAAAGCGUACCAACGGGCUAUCUCUAUUCCCAUGGCAAAUCUGAACUUGUUGUGGAAGGAGUAUGACCAAUUUGAAAUGGGGUUGAAUAAGAUGACGGGUCGCAAAUUCCUUCAGGAACGGUCGCCAUCCUAUAUGACGGCUAGGAGUGCUAACACUCAUCUGGAGAACAUAACCCGUGGUCUUCAGCGAACGACUUUGCCCCGCCUACCUCCAGCUUCGGGCUUUGGGGGCAGCGAGGAAUACCAGGAGCAAGUCCGAUUGUGGAAAGCCUGGAUCGCCUGGGAGAAAAGCGACCCGCUUGUAUUGAAAAGUGACGAUCCGAAUACUUAUCAACAAAGAAUUCUUCACACAUACAAGCAAUCACUGAUGGCGUUACGCUUUUGGCCAGAGAUGUGGGUUGAUGCAGCUGAAUGGUGUUUUGAAUCCAAUAUCAUUAGUCCAGAAGGCCAGGACGUCGGUCUUCAAUUUCUUGUCGAGGGUAGUGAAGCUAACCCGGAGAGCUCUUUACUGGCUCUGAAGCAUGCUGACCGAAUCGAAUCAACCCAAGCCCCGCAUGAUGAUGACGUCGACAAAGCCGCUCUUGUACAAUCCAUCAGGGCACCUUGCGACCAGGUUCUCGAGACACUUUAUAACAUGAUUAAGAAACUGAAAGAUCGAGAAACCACGACUAUCGCAAGAUACGAAGAAGACGCUGCCCUCAAUUCUACGGCCACGGGUAACGAGGAUGGUGACGAAGAAGACGAGGGAGAGAUAAAUGAGAAACCCUCGGCAGAUGCUAUAAAUGUGAAGUCGAAGAUUAAAGCAGUGCAGGAUGGGUUUGCUGCCCAAAUCCAAAUGUUAUCACAACACAUAUCCUAUAUUUGGAUUGCCCUCGCACGCAUCUACCGGAGACUACAAGGACAAGGACAUGGCAAAAGCACUCCCCCAGUUGGCAUGCGAGGUUUAUUUAUUGAAGCUCGACAGAGAGGCCGACUUACUAGCGAUGUGUACCUUGAAAUCGCACAUAUGGAGUGGGAUGUAUAUCAGGAUGACGUGGCAACUAAAAUAUUCGAACGAGGUGCCAAGUUAUUCCCGGAACAAGAGCAUUUCAUCGUUGAAUAUCUCAAACAUCUUCACGUCAAGCGUGAUUUCACUAAUGCUCGGGUUGUCUUCUCCCAGACUGUUAAACGCUUCAAGGAGAAGUCAGAACUGACCCCCAAGUUGAAACCGAUCUAUGCCUACUUCCAUGGUUAUGAGGCCCAAUUCGGCGAACUGGCUCAGGUCAAAGAGCUUGAAAAGCAGAUGACUGAGCUAUUCCCUGAAGACACUAGUCUCGCACAUUUUGCGGCCAGAUUUUCGACAGAUAGAUUUAACCCUAUCACGGCCAGAGUUAUCGUCUCCCCUGCCAAACAGAUGCGACCUAAGAUUAUGCAAUCUGUAGAACAAAUAUCCCUCUCGUCUCGAAGUACUCCUCGCCAAGUACCACAGAUAGAACGAAGCCCUUUGCCGCAGUUUGCACCACUUGUAAACUCACCCAAACGUCCCUUUCCGCAAGAGGAUCAGGAUGAUUAUCCACCUCGAAAGUUGGCUCGCGGUGUUUCGCCCUUGAAAGGUGCUGCAGGUCGACGCCUCGACCAACAACGACGGGCACAAGGCCAGGGCACAUCUUCGCAUACUGCUGGACCAUAUGCUCAUAUUCCCAGAGAUCUUCUCUUCCUCCUUGGUCUCAUUCCUACUAUGGAGAAUCUCGGUGGCUAUAACUUCAACAUGGAUCGCGUAGUUCGUUUGAUCCAGAACACUUUCAUUCCCCCUUACAGUGAAUGGAAAGCUCAGAAGGAUAUCGCAACGCGCAACACGGCCCAAUCACAUGCUCACACUCGACCAGCCUCGUCCGAGUAUCAGUCAUAUCCGCAUACCAACCGAGACUCACCAGGCCCUUCUGCCCGGCCAGCUAGUCCCUUCGCCGGAGCAAACCGUGGAAUUGGCCAGGCAUCAGCGCCCUAUCGCAACUCCCCACUCCGCCCUGGUUCAAGCGGAUCAUACGAGCCGCCUCCUGCUGUUUACCAAGCACCUGGAAUGACACAGUUCAAUCCCCUCGCGCAGAACUCCGCCCAAGGAAAUGCGGCCUUUGCUGCAUGGCAAAAUGGAGCUUAUGCGCCUCCCCAGUAUAAUACAGGGGCAACUCAACAUCCUCAGCAGUAUGGUGGCUUUUAUUAGCGCCGUACUCUACAUUUAUAAACUAUGUGGAUUCAACCUAACGACAAGGUCUUGUGGUACUCGCCCAAUACUGUUGCACACAGCAGCCGAUUGCUGUCUAGUUGAAUAUAGAACCACUAGUGGCGUUAUAAAGGAGGAAUCCCCCAUGCAUAGAAUGUCUUGUGACUGAUUGCAUCUCUGGAGUUUGGUUUUUAUUCGAUGAAAUGAGUGGUAUGCGUAAAUCGGAGGACGAGAACUACGCUCGGGUUCCCAUCAAAGUACUGUCCGAUCAAGAUUCAAUCCUAAGCUGGGUUCUAGGAGCCAUACUAUGAUGGAAAGCUAGGUAUGGGGAAAAUAUGUAUCAAUGUCUACGUAGGUAGUCGAUGAAUUUCACUUUGCACAUGAUGACAUUCUCCUAUUGCGUAUAUCUACCAUGUCAAUGCGGGCCCUUUACUCAUAUUGUCGAGCUUUGCUGAAAGAUCUAUGUAAAUACCAAAUAAGUUGAUCGAGAUAUUCUACCCAUCUCUCUUGCU